AUGCCUUCCCCCUCUCAUGCCUUCCCCCUCUCAUGCCUUCCCCCUCUCAUGCCUUCCCCCUCUCAUGCCUUCCCCCUCUCAUGCCUUCCCCCUCUCAUGCCUUCCCCCUCUCAUGCCUUCCCCCUCUCAUGCCUUCCCCCUCUCAUGCCUUCCACCUCUCAUGCCUUCCCCCUCUCAUGCCUUCCCCCUCUCAUGCCUUCCCCCUCUCAUGCCUUCCCCCUCUCAUGCCUUCCCCCUCUCAUGCCUUCCCCCUCUCAUGCCUUCCCCCUCUCAUGCCUUCCCCCUCUCAUGCCUUCCCCCUCUCAUGCCUUCCCCCUCUCAUGCCUUCCCCCUCUCAUGCCUUCCCCCUCUCAUGCCUCCCCCCUCUCAUGCCUCCCCCCUCUCAUGCCUCCCCCCUCUCAUGCCUUCCCCCUCUCAUGCCUUCCCCCUCUCAUGCCUUCCCCCUCUCAUGCCUUCCCCCUCUCAUGCCUUCCUCCUCUCAUGCCUUCCCCGUCUCAUGCCUUCCCCCUCUCAUGCCUUCCCCCUCUCAUGCCUUCCCCCUCUCAUGCCUUCCCCCUCUCAUGCCUUCCCCCUCUCAUGCCUUCCCCCUCUCAUGCCUUCCCCCUCUCAUGCCUUCCCCCUCUCAUGCCUUCCCCUCUCAUGCCUUCCCCCUCUCAUGCCUUCCCCCUCUCAUGCCUUCCCCAUCUCAUGCCUUCCCCCUCUCAUGCCUUCCCCCUCUCAUGCCUUCCCCCUCUCAUGCCUUCCCCCUCUCAUGCCUUCCCCCUCUCAUGCCUUCCCCCUCUCAUGCCUUCCCCCUCUCAUGCCUUCCCCCUCUCAUGCCUUCCCCCUCUCAUGCCUUCCCCCUCUCAUGCCUUCCCCCUCUCAUGCCUUCCCCCUCUCAUGCCUUCCCCCUCUCAUGCCUUCCCCCUCUCAUGCCUUCCCCCUCUCAUGCCUUCCCCCUCUCAUGCCUCCCCCCUCUUAUGCCUUCCCCCUCUCAUGCCUUCCCCCUCUCAUGCCUUCCCCCUCUCAUGCCUUCCCCCUCUCAUGCCUUCCCCCUCUCAUGCCUUCCCCCUCUCAUGCCUCCCCCCUCUCAUGCCUUCCCCCUCUCAUGCCUUCCCCCUCUCAUGCCUUCCCCCUCUCAUGCCUCCCCCCUCUCAUGCCUCCCCCCUCUCAUGCCUCCCUCCUCUCAUGCCUCUCAUGCCUUCCCCCUCUCAUGCCUUCCCCGUCUCAUGCCUUCCCCCUCUCAUGCCUCCCCCCUCUCAUGCCUUCCCCCUCUCAUGCCUCCCCCCUCUCAUGCCUCCCCCCUCUCAUGCCUUCCCCCUCUCAUGCCUUCCCCCUCUCAUGCCUUCCCCCUCUCAUGCCUUCCCCCUCUCAUGCCUUCCCCCUCUCAUGCCUUCCCCCUCUCAUGCCUUCCCCCUCUCAUGCCUUCCCCCUCUCAUGCCUUCCCCCUCUCAUGCCUUCCCCCUCUCAUGCCUUCCCCCUCUCAUGCCUUCCCCCUCUCAUGCCUUCCCCCUCUCAUGCCUUCCCCCUCUCAUGCCUUCCCCCUCUCAUGCCUUCCCCCUCUCAUGCCUUCCCCCUCUCAUGCCUUCCCCCUCUCAUGCCUUCCCCCUCUCAUGCAUUCCCCCUCGCAUGCCUUCCUCCUCGCAUGCCUUCCCCCUCUCAUGCCUUCCCCCUCUCAUGCCUUCCCCCUCGCAUUCCUUCCCCCUCGCAUUCCUUCCCCCUCUCAUGCCUUCCCCCUCUCAUGCCUUCCCCCUCUCAUGCCUUCCCCCUCUCAUGCCUUCCCCCUCUCAUGCCUUCCCUCUCUCAUGCCUUCCCCCUCUCAUGCCUCCCCCCUCUCAUGCCUUCCCCCUCUCAUGCCUUCCCCCUCUCAUGCCUUCCCCCUCGCAUGCCUUCCCCCUCGCAUGCCUUCCCCCUCGCAUGCCUUCCCCCUCUCAUGCCUUCCCCCUCUCAUGCCUUCCCCCUCUCAUGCCUUCCCCCUCUCAUGCCUUCCCUCUCUCAUGCCUUCCCCCUCUCAUGCCUCCCCCCUCUCAUGCCUUCCCCCUCUCAUGCCUUCCCCCUCUCAUGCCUUCCCCCUCUCAUGCCUUCCCCCUCUCAUGCCUUCCCCCUCUCAUGCCUUCCCCCUCUCAUGCCUUCCCCCUCUCAUGCCUUCCCCCUCUCAUGCCUUCCCCCUCUCAUGCCUUCCCCCUCUCAUGCCUUCCCCCUCUCAUGCCUUCCCCCUCUCAUGCCUUCCCCCUCUCAUGCCUUCCCCCUCGCAUGCCUUCCUCCUCGCAUGCCUUCCCCCUCUCAUGCCUUCCCCCUCUCAUGCCUUCCCCCUCGCAUUCCUUCCCCCUCGCAUUCCUUCCCCCUCUCAUGCCUUCCCCCUCUCAUGUCUUCCCCCUCGCAUGCCUUCCCACUCGCAUGCCUUCCCCCUCGCAUGCCUUCCCCCUCGCAUGCCUUCCCCCUCUCAUGCCUUCCCCCUCUCAUGCCUUCCCCCUCUCAUGCCUUCCCCCUCUCAUGCCUUCCCCCUCUCAUGCCUUCCCCCUCUCAUGCCUUCCCUCUCUCAUGCCUUCCCCCUCUCAUGCCUCCCCCCUCUCAUGCCUUCCCCCUCUCAUGCCUUCCCCCUCUCAUGCCUUCCCCCUCUCAUGCCUUCCCCCUCUCAUGCCUUCCCCCUCUCAUGCCUUCCCCCUCUCAUGCCUUCCCCCUCUCAUGCCUUCCCCCUCUCAUGCCUUCCCCCUCUCAUGCCUUCCCCCUCUCAUGCCUUCCCCCUCUCAUGCCUUCCCCCUCUCAUGCCUUCCCCCUCUCAUGCCUUCCCCCUCUCAUGCCUUCCCCCUCUCAUGCAUUCCCCCUCGCAUGCCUUCCUCCUCGCAUGCCUUCCCCCUCUCAUGCCUUCCCCCUCUCAUGCCUUCCCCCUCGCAUUCCUUCCCCCUCGCAUUCCUUCCCCCUCUCAUGCCUUCCCCCUCUCAUGCCUUCCCCCUCGCAUGCCUUCCCCCUCGCAUGCCUUCCCCCUCGCAUGCCUUCCCCCUCGCAUGCCUUCCCCCUCUCAUGCCUUCCCCCUCUCAUGCCUUCCCCCUCUCAUGCCUUCCCCCUCUCAUGCCUUCCCUCUCUCAUGCCUUCCCCCUCUCAUGCCUCCCCCCUCUCAUGCCUUCCCCCUCUCAUGCCUUCCCCCUCUCAUGCCUCCCCCCUCUCAUGCCUUCCCCCUCUCAUGCCUUCCCCCUCUCAUGCCUUCCCCCUCUCAUGCCUUCCCCCUCUCAUGCCUUCCCCCUCUCAUGCCUUCCCCCUCUCAUGCCUUCCCCCUCUCAUGCCUUCCCCCUCUCAUGCCUUCCCCCUCUCAUGCCUUCCCCCUCUCAUGCCUUCCCCCUCUCAUGCCUUCCCCCUCUCAUGCCUUCCCCCUCUCAUGCCUUCCCCCUCUCAUGCCUUCCCCCUCUCAUGCCUUCCCCCUCUCAUGCAUUCCCCCUCGCAUGCCUUCCUCCUCGCAUGCCUUCCCCCUCUCAUGCCUUCCCCCUCUCAUGCCUUCCCCCUCGCAUUCCUUCCCCCUCGCAUUCCUUCCCCCUCUCAUGCCUUCCCCCUCUCAUGCCUUCCCCCUCUCAUGCCUUCCCCCUCGCAUUCCUUCCCCCUCGCAUUCCUUCCCCCUCUCAUGCCUUCCCCCUCUCAUGCCUUCCCCCUCGCAUGCCUUCCCCCUCGCAUGCCUUCCCCCUCGCAUGCCUUCCCCCUCGCAUGCCUUCCCCCUCUCAUGCCUUCCCCCUCUCAUGCCUUCCCCCUCUCAUGCCUUCCCUCUCUCAUGCCUUCCCCCUCUCAUGCCUCCCCCCUCUCAUGCCUUCCCCCUCUCAUGCCUUCCCUCUCUCAUGCCUUCCCCCUCUCAUGCCUUCCCCCUCUCAUGCCUUCCCCCUCUCAUGUCUUCCCCCUCUCAUGCCUUCCCCCUCUCAUGCCUUCCCCCUCUCAUGCCUUCCCCCUCUCAUGCCUUCCCCCUCUCAUGCCUUCCCCCUCUCAUGCCUUCCCCCUCUCAUGCCUUCCCCCUCUCAUGCCUUCCCCCUCUCAUGCCUUCCCCCUCUCAUGCCUUCCCCCUCUCAUGCCUUCCCCCUCUCAUGCCUUCCCCCUCUCAUGCCUUCCCCCUCUCAUGCCUUCCCCCUCUCAUGCCUUCCCCCUCUCAUGCCUCCCCCUCUCAUGCCUCCCCCCUCUCAUGCCUCCCCCCUCUCAUGCCUCCCCCCUCUCAUGCCUCCCCCCUCUCAUGCCUCCCCCCUCUCAUGCCUCCCCCCUCUCAUGCCUUCCCCCUCUCAUGCCUUCCCCCUCUCAUGCCUUCCCCCUCUCAUGCCUUCCCCCUCUCAUGCCUUCCCCCUCUCAUGCCUUCCCCCUCUCAUGCCUUCCCCCUCUCAUGCCUUCCCCCUCUCAUGCCUUCCCCCUCUCAUGCCUUCCCCCUCUCAUGCCUUCCCCCUCUCAUGCCUUCCCCCUCUCAUGCCUUCCCCCUCUCAUGCCUUCCCCCUCUCAUGCCUCCCCCCUCUCAUGCCUUCCCCCUCUCAUGCCUUCCCCCUCUCAUGCCUUCCCCCUCUCAUGCCUCCCCCCCAAAUAUUUGGGCAGCUAUGCACCCUGUGCGUGCCCACCUGCCUGUGCGUGCCCACCUGCCUGUGCGUGCCCACCUGCCUGUGCGUGCCCACCUGCCUGUUCGUGCCCACCUGCCUGUGCGUGCCCACCUGCCUGUGCGUGCCCACCUGCCUGUGCGUGCCCACCUGCCUGUGCGUGCCCACCUGCCUGUGCGUGCCCACCUGCCUGUGCGUGCCCACCUGCCUAUGCGUGCCCACCUGCCUGUGCGUGCCCACCUGCCUGUGCGUGCCCACCUGCCUAUGUGUGCCCACCUGCCUGUGUGUGCCCACCUGCCUGUGCGUUUCUCUCUGGCAGCGACUCCUUUCUGGUGACGGAGGGAUCAACACUGGGCAUGGUGGCGGCGGGACUGGCGGGCGUGUUGUUUUGAGGCGCCUCACAACAUGCUCACCUGCCUGUGCGUGUCCCUCCACCCCUCUGCACGUUGUGCCCGCUUGCUUGUGCUCACUUGCCUGCCAGCGACUCGUUCCUGGUGACGGAGGGGUCAACACUAGGCAUGGUGGCGGCGGGACUGGCGGGCGCCACGCCUUACAUGAUGAACGUCAUGCUCGACACCUCCACCGGCCAUGA